AUGGUGUUUGUGGUAAUGUUGGUGAUGAUGGAAAUGAUGGUGUUAAUCAUGGUGAUGGUGGAAGUGAUGCUGGAUGGUACUGGUGAUGAUGGUGGUGAUGGUGGUAAUGGCAAUGGUGAUGGAAGUGAUGGUGGGAAUUGUGGUAAUUAUGGUUGUGAUGGCAAUGGUGGUGAUGGUGGUUAUGACAGUGUUUAUGGUGGUAAUGAUGGUGAUGAUAGUGAUGGUGGUGAUGAUAACAUGAUGGUGCUGAUGGUGGUGAUGCUGAUAAGUGAUAGCGAUGGUGGUGAUAUUGGCAGUGAUGGUGACAGUGACGGUGAUGGUAGUAGAGGUGGUAGUCGCAGUCGUGGUGAUUAA